GUAUCCCUCUGUCUUCCCCGUCAUAAAUGCUGGCUCAGCAUUCGAGGGACGUGACAGCUAAAGGCGGCGCACGUUAUGUAGAAGGGACGUUAAGCGUGUGCCACGUAUAUGACGCGAAUUGGCGCGUCAGGAACACGCGUACGCAAGAACGCUCCAGCCUGAAGAAUCAGUACAUCGAAUCAACUUCACAUCAGUUUCAGGUAAAAAUGGUUUCAUUGAGAGAACUCACAGAGCAACGAGGUAACCAGGGCAGAGAAGGAGAAGAGGGAGGGGUUUUGUCAGUGGAGCCUAUCACGAUGAUAGUGCCGCCGGAGUUGCAGGAUGUGCCGGAAACAAUGGCGUCUGAGAGCAACACGAGUUCCAGCGCCAACGACAACGGUGUCGAGCACCCCAGCGCACCGUCGAGCAGCUCGUCCGAGGGGACACCAGGCCGCGAGGAGGGGGCAGGGGAUGUAGUGAGCCAUGUUUCAGACCGGCCUGUGAUGGAAGAAUGGGAGAGCAGGACCAUAACGGGCAGGUUGAGCAACCUGCAAAAGGCGCCGAAGGACCUGCCCGCCGGAUUUAGGUUCCGGGCUGUGCUUCAUCAUGAAGUAGCAGACUGCGCGCCUUCAAUCAGCGGGUACAGGAGGUUGGAGGAUAUGGUGAGGGCAUAUCAUAUUCCUCGGACAAUACUUUUACGAACAGGCGCACCCAAUGAGAGGGCUUGCACGGUGUCACAGACAGGUUGGAUCCCAGUGUAUGCGGACCACUUUGACGCCAGCCUGCGGUUUCCCCUGCCCGGAUUGGUGUUCGACCUGCUGGCGGAAUACGAGCUGGCGCUGACGCAGCUGACGCCUAACAGCAUAAGGUUUAUUAUUGGCUUUAUGCUGUUGUGUGAGCGACUAGAGGUGCCGGCCAAGGCGAUCGUGUUCAGGUCGCUGUUUCAGUGCCGGCUGUGUCCGAACUCGCGAGGAGCGAAGUGGUACUACCUCUCAGGGAAGGAUAAGAGCCAACUCUUCAAAAAUGUGAGGAACAAGGUGGCGAGGUGGAAGAGACAAUUUAUUUUCGUUCGCGACACGCGAGCAGAAAGGAUAAGUAACGACCUCGCUGCCCGGCUGUCUGAGUGGCGCACCCCCAACGCUCAUAUCAACUAUCCUCAGCUACUGCCUCGGGAUGUCGAUUUGAAGAACCAACUGCUGGAGUAUGCGCGGGGGGAGGGUCUAAUAGAUCUAGAAGCCCUGGUUACCUCGGAGGCUCUCGUCGUGUUAGGGUUUGUCGAUGUGACAAACCUGUUCAGCGAAGGAGACAUGAGCAGCAUCUUGGAACGCCAACGACAGCGGGCCCAAGGCUCACGAGGUCGCGCGUCGGGCAGUGCGCAACCCCGUCAGACAAGGUUUGACGAGCGGCCACCCCCUGCGCCUCAAUCACGCGGCCCGUCUCACAGGGGAUCCAGCUCGUCGUCAAGGCCGCGAGCAGAUAACAGAGCUGAGGCUGCGGCCCCGGGUGCACGCAGACGUGCACGGGAGGAGACAGAGAGCGAGGAGGACGAGUCUGAACCUUAUCCCAUGCUUUCUAUACUACAAGAGUUCAAGAAAUGAAAGUUCACCCUCAUGCUUCUGCAGUUCUAUAAAUAUGAACAAUGCUC